CAGCAUGAAAGAGUGGUGCGUUGCACCUCGGCCGCCUUGGCUACUUGGUGAAUGAACCGCCAAAAAUAUGAGUUACUCAGCGACAACGGUUACAUUGAACUCAGCAUUCCCGCGAAAUUCAAAUCCAAAAGCCAAGGAUUCUCAAAACCGGAGAGAAACAAUCUCUCUAAUACAAAAAUGCAAACACAUUCAUCAGAUUCCACCAAUCCACGCAAAAAUCAUAAGAAAUUUCCAAGACCAAGACCCAUUCGUCGUCUUCGAGCUUCUUCGCCUCUGCUCCAACCUCAACUCAAUCGACUACGCCACCACGAUUUUCCAACAAGUUCAAACCCCAAAUGUCUACCUCUACACUGCUCUCAUUGAUGGGUUCGUGUCAUCUGGGUUUUACCUCGAUGCGAUUCGGGUUUACUGUCGAAUGGUUAACGGGUUUGUUUCGCCGGAUAACUACGCGGUAACUUCUGUGUUAAAAGCUUGUGGCUUUGGGUUGGCGUUGGAGGAGGGGAGAGGAGUCCAUACGCAGGUUUUGAAGCUUGGGUUGACAUCGAAUCGAUCGGUGAGGAUGAAGCUUCUGGCUCUCUAUGGGAAGUGUGGUGAAUUUGAGUGUGCACGGAGGGUGUUCGAUGAAAUGCCUGAUAGGGAUGUCGUUGCGUCAACGGUGAUGAUCACUUCUUAUGCUGAUUAUGGGUUGAUUGAGGAGGCGAUUGGUGUUUUUAACCGGGCUAGGAGUAAGGAUACCGUUUGUUGGACUGCUAUGAUCGAUGGGUUGGUUAAGAAUGGGGAGAUGAAUAGGGCUUUGGAGGCGUUUAGGGAGAUGCAGAGGAAUAAUGUGAGGCCUAAUGAAGUUACUGUUGUUUGUGUUUUAUCUGCUUGUUCUUAUUUGGGAGCGUUGGAGCUUGGAAGAUGGGUUCACUCUUACAUAGAUAAGUAUGACAUCGAAUUCAAUUACAUUGUAGGUGGUGCUCUGAUUAAUAUGUACUCUAGGUGUGGCGAUAUUGAUGAGGCACUGGCAGUGUUUGGUAAGAUGAAAGAGAGAGAUGUGAGUAGUUAUAAUUCCAUGAUUGAGGGGCUUGCUAUGCAUGGGAAGAGCAUGGAGGCUAUCCAAAUGUUCCAGACAAUGAUAAAACAAGGACUAAGGCCAAAUAGCAUUACUUUUGUUAGAGUAUUGAAUGCAUGUAGUCAUGGAGGUUUGUCGGGUUUGGGUUUUGAGAUAUUUCAUUCCAUGACUAAUAUUCACGGCAUUCAACCACAGAUAGAACACUAUGGAUGCAUGGUUGAUCUUCUAGGUCGCUCUGGUCAGCUUGAAGAAGCUUACAAUUUCAUUGCAAGAAUGAAAAUGGCACCGGAUCAUAUCAUGGUGGGGGCUUUGCUAAGUGCUUGUAAAAUCCAUGGGAACCUUGAAUUAGGAGAAAGGGUAGCCGAAAUCUUGGUGAAUUGUGGUAAUGCAGAUUCAGGAACUUACGUACUGCUAUCAAAUGUAUAUGCUUCAUCAGGGAGGUGGAAAGAGGCUGCACAAGUGAGAGCAAAGAUGAAGGAAGGUGGAACCCCAAAGGAGCCUGGUUGUAGCUUGAUUGAAGUAAACAAUGAGAUCCAUGAGUUCCUCUUGGGAGACCUCAGACACCCAAAGAGAGAGGAAAUCUACAAAAAGUUAACGGAGCUAAUCGAUGAACUGAAAUCAGAAGGAUACUUGCCUGCAACAGAGGCGGUUUUGCAUGAUAUUGAAGAUACACAAAAGGAAUUGGCUCUGUCGAUACAUAGCGAGAGGCUCGCCAUAUGCUACGGGCUAAUUGCUACAAAACGAGGUACGACUUUGAGGAUUGUAAAUAACUUAAGGGUUUGCAGUGACUGCCACUCAAUGAUCAAAUUGAUAGCUAAGAUCACCAACAGAAAGAUUGUCGUUAGGGAUCGCAAUAGGUUCCACCAUUUUGAGAGUGGGGUUUGUUCUUGUGCUGAUUAUUGGUGAAAAAGAAAACUUCAUACUAA